AUGACGAUUCUCCAAAGUGGCUUGCUGCGAAAACACUACGAGGAGGCCGUUGACGACAUUGAAUAUAAGUCUUCAGCUUUCUGGAUGGCUGUUCUGCAACGCGCCUUUUACGAGCCGGAUAUCUACUCAGUAACCCCCGAGUCCUCGCCCGAUGGAUCGCUGCGACGGGUAGACAUGGUGGUAAAGCGUUAUGACCAGGAUAACCACACCCUAUCAGCUUUGCUCUGGGUCGAAUGCAAGCGUCCAAGUGGCAGUGUGCAGGAAGUUGAGGAUCAGGCGCUUGAUGCAGCUCGACGCUGUAUCCAGAGGGAUGGUCUGAUGUGGAUUUGGGCCAUGACAACGGUUGGAGUGUCGUUCCGCAUGUGGUUCGUUGAUGCACGCGGUGGCCAACUGGUUCCCAUGCACGGAACUGCUGCUCAAGCUGAUAGAAGACAAUACAUCGAUGCCAACUCGCCUGCGGCUAGCGUUUUCCCUGAUGCGAUCCAGAGCAUCAAGAACGGUUACCCGCUGCGUCAGGCUCCUGUCCUUCCCAGUCAGUCCUUGGACCUGUUGACCUCGAACGAUGCUGAAUGGGGAGCGUCCGAGAGUUAUAUGUCGGGCAUGCCGACCCAAAACCAGGACCAGUACUAUGGGGUGGAGGCUGGUCCUUCUAGCUAUAGCGGUAAUGAUAUCGGAGGUCAGCCUGUAGAAGUCAGGGUCGAAAGGAUCACCCAUGGUUUUUCUCGGGCCCCCGACGAGUAUGUAUUCCGCGAUAUCAAUAACAAACGGAGGUCGACUAGGAAAGAGAAUUGGGAGACGGGCGAGUACCAGGGAGAAAGGGUCUGGUUUUACCACGGCAGAAAGACAACCUACUUCAGCCGUAGAAAAAUUGGGUAG